AUGGGCGAACCCAAAAACAGAGUGGGGAGGAUCAAGUCGGUGGUCGUGGGUGCUGCCGGGGUGGGCAAGUCAUCUUUGACCCAUGUGCUCUCUGGGGACUCCUUCAUCCAAGAAUACACCCCCACCAUUGAGGACAACUACUGGAGCCAGUUCUUGGUCAAUGGCCACGAAGUCCUCAUGGAGAUACUGGACACGCCGGGCGAAGAAGAGUUUCCGCCCGUGACAGAGCAGUGUAUCCGCACAGGCAACGCGUUCGUGCUGGUGUACUCCAUAACCGACCAAGCCAGCUUCGAUGAAGUUGAGCACCACCACUGGGGACUCAUCUUGAAAUGCAAGGACAGAAAGUCCUUCUGUGCUGCUGAGGGUGCUGUGUUGGCAUGCAUAAUGAGCAUGCAGUCAGGGCAUGAGGUGCAUUUCAUUGAGACCAGCGCCAAGCUCAAUGUCAAUGUCACCACUGCCUUUGCCAGGUUGGCUCACAUGGAUAUGCAAAGGCAAGACCUGGUUGUGAAGAACAAAGAGAAGGGCACUGGGUGUUUACUGAGCUGA